AGGCCCAGAAAACCGUUGUUCGAGAGCAUCGAAGCACCGAAAGAAAAAACGGAACAUAACGGUGGAUGCUCCGGCUGAAAAUGCGGGCCGGCUCGUUAAAAGUUAAAAGUGGAAAAUAAGUGAUAAGCGCAGAUAGGCUCCAAUCGCGGCUUCCGGCUAAAAACAUUACUAACAGGCGGGGUACAGCAGCAACUAGGCGGCAACAACAAACUUUGUUUACCUAGAAACUCCAAACUUUUCAGCGGAGCUUUCGGCAAAGGAGUAAUACCAAACAAAUAAUAUAAAUAAGGACCAACAAGUAGACGACGAGGAACCUCAACGAUGGGCAACAUACACACGACGGGUCCCAAUGAGGCGUUAAUUGUUUCAGGUGGCUGCUGUGGCUCGACCAAGAAGCGUACCAUUGUGGGCGGCUGGGCGUGGGCGUGGUGGCUGGUGACCGACGUGCAGCGCCUCUCCCUCAACGUGAUGACCCUCAACCCCAUGUGCGAGAACGUGGAGACCUCCCAGGGCGUUCCGCUGACGGUCACUGGCGUGGCCCAGUGCAAGAUCAUGAAGUCAUCUUCGUAUAAGCAUAACGAUUAUAAUAACGACGAGAUGAUGAAUGUCUAUUAUUUCCACCAUCAGGCCGACGAGCUUCUAGGCACUGCCAGCGAGCAAUUCCUGGGCAAGAGCGUCAAGGAGAUCAAGCAGACGAUCCUGCAGACCCUCGAGGGACACCUGCGGGCCAUUCUGGGAACGCUUACAGUCGAAGAGGUGUACAAGGACCGCGACCAGUUCGCGGCCUUGGUCCGCGAGGUGGCCGCCCCGGACGUGGGUCGCAUGGGCAUCGAGAUACUCUCUUUUACCAUCAAGGACGUCUACGAUGAUGUGCAGUACCUGGCCUCGCUGGGCAAGGCCCAGACCGCCGUGGUCAAGCGGGACGCCGACGCCGGCGUGGCGGAGGCCAACCGAGAUGCCGGCAUCCGGGAGGCCGAGUGCGAGAAGAGCGCCAUGGACGUGAAGUACUCGACGGACACGAAGAUCGAGGACAACACGCGCAUGUACAAGCUGCAGAAGGCCAACUUCGAUCAGGAGAUCAACACGGCCAAGGCCGAGUCGCAGCUGGCCUACGAGCUGCAGGCGGCCAAGAUCCGGCAGCGCAUCCGUAACGAGGAGAUCCAGAUCGAGGUGGUGGAGCGGCGCAAGCAGAUCGAGAUCGAGACGCAGGAGGUGCACCGCAAGGAUCGCGAGCUCACGGGCAACGUGAAGCUGCCCGCCGAGGCGGAGGCCUUCCGCCUCCAGACCCUCGCCCAGGCCAAGCAAUGCCAGACCAUUGAGGGAGCCCGCGCCGAGGCGGAGCGCAUCCGGAAGAUCGGUUCGGCGGAGGCCCAUGCCAUCGAGCUGGUGGGCAAGGCGGAGGCGGAGCGCAUGCGGAUGAAGGCCCAUGUGUAUAAGCAGUACGGCGACGCCGCCAUCAUGAACAUCGUGCUCGAAUCGCUGCCGAAGAUCGCCGCCGAGGUGGCCGCCCCGCUGGCCAAGACGGACGAGAUCGUGCUGAUCGGAGGCAACGACAACAUCACCAACGACGUGACCCGCUUGGUGGCCCAGCUGCCGCCCUCGAUCAACGCCCUGACCGGUGUGGAUCUGUCCAAGGUGCUGUCCAAGAUCCCCGGGGCCAAGGCGUGAAACCUAAUGGAGUGGGACAUCCAGGAAAUGGCAAUGACAACGUAACGCAACGCUUAGGAAUUGUAACCGAUCUUUAAACGGAAAAAAAACUGACAGAAAAGGACGGAGCCACUGUGCUAGAGAGAGAGAGCGCGUGCAUUUGUUAGAGGGAGACAGCAGCGACCGGAAGUUGGAACUCAAAACUCCAGUUUUCGAAGUGCAAUCGAACGUAGCAAAAUGUACUCCGAUAUUAUAUUUAUAUAUACAUCUAUAUACAUGUAUAUGUAUAUGCACACAUGCGAUGCAUACAUGCACUUGUUUCGCCUGUGUGGUGUGCCAGUGUGUGUGUGUGUGUGGGAUGUUUGCCCGGGUAACAAUCAAAGAAACAAACAAACAAAAACAAAAACAAAAAACCAACGUUUAUCUCAGCUAAAGUUUUGCAUUUCGUGCGCAACAUCUUGUGGCCUUUUCUCUCGAAAACGAAAACCGAUAACGAUAACAAAGAAUCAACGUGAAAUUCGCAUAACUUUAAAGCGAAAACCAUAUAAGAAGAGUGUUAGCUAUUAUUUACUAUAAUAUAUAAACCGUAUAUGUACAGGCAGAGAUGCUGUACACAAAGAGUUCUUCUAAGUAACCGCUUCAAAUAACAUGCCACAAAGUGUUGUAAAGGUAUGCAUCAAUUUACAGUGUUGUAAAGUUGUAUACGUGCUGCCCCAUCUUUCUCUCUCUUCGUCGCACAAUUUUGGUCUGCUAACAGUAUUUUCAUCUGUCCAACCUACAACUACUGCCUAUCGACUAAGGCCAAAUCUAUGAACUAGGGAGCCAAAUGGAAAGAGAGAGGGAGAGUGCGCCUAGAAAAGUCGACCCUUCGACUUUAAAUUCAUAAAAUUCAAAGGCCCCACUGAACAAAAUGGGUUUGUGUAAUAAAUUGCAUACUUUCGGACACCUUAUUAUCGUUUAAAUUCGAUUAGUAUUUAGUGUUUAUAAGGAUUAUAUCAACAUCAAUUGUGUUAGCCCACACAUGUUUUUCUUGAAUUUUUAUAAUCAUUUACACGACUAAUAAUGUCGGAUAGUUUCUAGAUAUACCAAAACCAAAUUAGUCGAUCCAUCAAUCAUUUGUGAAUAACUUAUAUGUAACUUUACAGUACUGCUUUUUCUGUACUUGGCGCUUUUCCAAAACCUACAAACACACACUUACCAACACACAUGGGUUAGAUUUUUUUUUAUUAAUUUUAGAAAAAAAAAACAAUAUUUGUUGUUAUGCAAAACGUUUUUACAUUUAAGUUUCUGUCGAUUGAUAUGUUUUCCUGUUUUUUUCUUAUAUGUUAUACAUACUGAUCAACUUAGAAUAUGCAUUUAAAUUUUGUGUACCUUGUUCGUACACUGUUUAUUUUGUAGCAAAAGCCGCGUUAAAAAUUAAUAAUAUAUAUUUUAAAGAAAAUUAAUUAAUUUUGUUAUUUACUUAGUUAAAACUGAAAAUUAUUUCACUAUCAUUUGUAAAUAACUCAAAUGAAACUUUACAAAACUACUUUUUAUGUAUUUGGCGCUCUUCCAAAACCCACACACAUGCUUUUGAAUUUGUAUAUUCAUUUUAGAGCACAAAAUGGAACCAAUAUUCUUUUCUUGUUGUGCAAACCUGUCAUACAUCUAAGUUUCUUUCAAAUAACAUUUUUUUUGAUGUUUUUUUAUAUGUAUAAUACUAUCAACUUAGACUAUGCAUUUACAAUUUUUGUACCUUGUUCGUACACCGUUUAGUUUAUAGCAAAAGCCGCGAAAAAAUAAUAUAUUUUUUAAAGAAAAAAGGAACUAAUUUUGUUAUUUACUAAGAUCUAACUGGAAUUUACAUAGUUAAACAAUUGAUCCAGCCCUUUCAUUUUGCUAGCGCAAUUUACCCUAUUUUUGUAAGAACUUCUCCGCCGAGUCACACACACACACCCAUUAGACACACACAUAUUUUUUUCUAUUGUAUACUAAGUGCAAGUAAUUUUUAAUGUAACGCAGUGUGAAAGAGAAAAAGAUUAAGAACAACAACCAACCGAAAAAGUAAACUAAAAGCUAAACCUAAAUAAAUCAAAUGUAAAAUUUUGUGUAUUUUGUCGUAAAUAAAUAAAUUGAAAAAGA